AGUGUGUCCGGACAGCCCCAGCAGCCCACGGACGCCCAGAGACGCACCAGACCCUGCGCUCCGACGCCACUCAGAGCGGGUUCUGGAGGAAAAGCCGAGAACAGCCGGAACCUGCGGAGGACUUCUUAAUUGUUCUGUCAUCACCUGCCACUACUCCACAGAGGAUCAGGAGAAAUCUUCUUGUUUCUGGAGUUAAAGGAGUUUUUUUCUGCUGGAGGAUGCAGGAGCGGGCGGAGUGAAGCAGCCCGGUGCGCACUUUCUUUCCCGGGGUGGAGUGACGCGCAACAGCCCGGCGCUCCUGGAGGAGGCGCUCCUGGAGGAGACGCUCCUGGAGGAGACGCUCCUGGAGGAGACGCUCCUGUGUUCUCCUGCUGUCCUCCUCCUUCAUCACUUCUGAGUUUGGAUCCUAAGCCAGCGGGCUCCAGCGGAGCUCUCCUGGCCGACGCAGCGCGCAGUUUCUCCGCUCAUGGAUGCAUCCCUCUGCGCCUCCUCUCCGGGUCAGUGAGCGGGACGCAGCGGGCAUGUUGUGACGGCAGAGGAGAGAUUUAAACCCGCAGCUUUUACCGCAGGACUUUCACAUCUGGUAAACUGGACCAGGUAGCAGCAGGAUCAGGAUGAGAAGAUGGCUGGCUGUGUGUUUCCAAUGGGACCAGAGAGCUUUAAGCGCUUCACGCCGGACUCCCUGGCGGCCAUCGAACAGCGCAUCACCCAGGAGAAGGCCCGACGCAAAAAGCAAUACCAGGAGGACCUGGGCGAUGUGGAGCUCCCCCGGCCCCGGCCCGACCUGGAGGCAGGGAAGCAGCUGCCCCGCAUCUUCGCCGACAUCCCGUCUCACCUGGUGGGCGUCCCCCUGGAAGACAUCGACCCGUACUACUUCAAGGAGCACAGGACCUUCAUAGUGCUAAACAAAGGGAAGGCCAUCUUCCGCUUCAGCGCCACCUCAGCCCUCUACAUGUUCAGCCCGUUCCACCCCAUCCGCAAACUGGCCAUCAGGAUCCUGGUCCAUUCUUUGUUCAGUUUGUUCAUCAUGUGCACCAUCCUCACCAACUGCUGCUUCAUGGCCAUGUCGGAGCCGGCAAACUGGGCCAAGUACCUGGAGUACACCUUCACAGGGAUCUACACCUUCGAGUCCCUCAUAAAGAUCCUGGCCAGAGGGUUCUGCGUGGGCCCCUUCACCUUCCUGAGGGACCCCUGGAACUGGCUGGACUUCAGCGUCAUCGUCAUGGCAUAUGUCACUGAGUUUGUGGACCUGGGUAAUGUGUCAGCCUUAAGGACGUUCAGGGUGCUGCGAGCGCUCAAAACCAUCUCUGUCAUCCCAGGCCUGAAGACCAUCGUGGGCGCUCUGAUCCAGUCGGUGAAGAAGCUCGCUGACGUGAUGAUCCUCACGGUUUUCUGCCUGAGCGUCUUCGCCCUCAUCGGCCUGCAGCUGUUCAUGGGAAACCUGCGUCAGAAAUGCGUCCGCAGCACGGAGCACUGCAUCAACGGCAGCCUGCCCACCAACACCUCCUUCUUCUGCAACAACAAGACCUGGGCCUCCGUCAAGGACUUCAUCGAAGACGAAGAUAACUUCUACAAAGUGGAAGGAGCCAAGGAUGCCUUAAUCUGUGGGAACAGCAGCGACGCAGGGAAGUGUCCUGAUGGGUUUGACUGCCUGAAGACGGGGAGAAAUCCCAACUACGGCUACACCAGCUUCGACACGUUCGGCUGGGCCUUCCUGUCGCUGUUCCGGCUGAUGACCCAGGACUACUGGGAGAACCUCUACCACCACACGCUGCGCUCGGCCGGUAAGACCUACAUGGUCUUCUUCGUGGUGGUCAUCUUCCUGGGCUCCUUCUACCUGAUCAACCUCAUCCUGGCCGUGGUCGCCAUGGCCUACGAGGAGCAGAACCAGGCCACCAUCGCCGAGGCGUGUCAGAAGGAGCGCGAGUUCCAGCAAGCCAUGGAGAGACUUAAGAAAGAGCAGCAGGUCGCUUCGCAGAAACCGCCCGACUCUGACUCCCUGACGUCUCCAGACCUCUCACCUCUCGGCCCGCCGCCGGACAGCUCCGAGGAGCGGAGGCGGAGCCAAGCGCUGAUGGGUGUGGCAGACGGGGAGGGGAACCUGUCGGAGGAAAAGCUGCUGCAGGUGGACCUGAUGGACGGAGGAAAGGCCCUCCAUCCUCUCCUCGCUCGCUCCUUCUCCACGCGGACUCGGCGAAGCAGUCAGGUGUCGUCCAUCUUUAACUUCCGGCUGAGGAGCCGAGGGUCGGAAGGGGAGAUGGCCGACGACGAAUUCAGCGUUCCGGGGGACGUGGUGGAGGGCGUCGGCGGCAGGACGUACAGCGGCGGCACCUUCAGCGGCAUCCUGAGCAACCCCUGGCCCAAACGGAGGCUGAGCACCUACAGCACCGCCAGCAGGAACUCCCAGGUGUUUUAUCCCACGCUGAACGUCAACGGGAAGCUGUUCGUCUCCCUGGAUCAGAACGGGGUCUCCCCGCCGCCACUGCAGGGGCAGCUGCCUGCAUGCACCAUGGAGAAGGUCAAGGAGGAGAGCGUCCCCACGUCCACCACGGAGCUCAGUACCAUGCUGUUACCCCGACCUUCAUCCACGCAGGGCUCAGAGCGGCGGGGGAGGGCGAUGAGCGCCGCCAGCUACCUGACCGACGUCAUGGAGGAACUGGAGGAGUCCCACAAGAAGUGCCACCCCUGCUGGUACGUCUUCGCCCACCACUACCUGGUGUGGGAGUGCUCCCCCUCCUGGCUGAGGCUGAAACAGCUGGUGAAGAUCAUGGUGAUGGACCCCUUCCUGGACCUGGCCAUCACCGUCUGCAUCGUCCUCAACACGCUGUUCAUGGCCAUGGAGGCAAUUCCUUACCCCAUGAACGGGGAGUUUCAGGGAUGCCUGAGCUCGGCAUACCUUGUGUUCUCAGGGAUCUUCACAGCAGAGAUGGUGCUGAAGAUCAUCGCUCUGGAUCCGUACUACUACUUCCAGACCGGCUGGAACAUCUUCGACAGCAUCAUCGUCUGCCUCAGCCUCAUGGAGCUCGGCCUGUCCGACGUGGAGGGGCUCAGCGUUCUGCGCUCCUUCAGGCUGCUGCGCGUCUUUAAGCUGGCCCGCUCCUGGCCGACCCUCAACACCCUCAUCAAGAUCAUCGGGAACUCCAUGGGCGCCCUGGGCAACCUGACGCUGGUCCUCGCCAUCAUCGUCUUCAUCUUCGCCGUGGUGGGCAUGCAGCUGUUUGGGAAGAACUACCAGGAGUGCGUGUGUAAGAUCUCCAAGGACUGCGUGCUCCCCCGCUGGCACAUGAAGGACUUCUUCCACUCGUUCCUCAUCGUCUUCAGGGUUCUGUGCGGCGAGUGGAUCGAGACCAUGUGGGACUGCAUGGAGGUGGCGGGCCAGCCGCUCUGCAUCCUCGUCUUCAUGCUGGUCAUGGUUAUCGGAAACCUGGUGCUGCUGAACCUCUUCCUGGCUCUGCUCCUCAGCAGCUUCAGCUCCGACAACCUGUCGUCUCCAGACGAAGACGGGGAGAUGAACAACCUGCAGAUCGCCAUCCACAGGAUCACGCUGGGCCUGGCCUGGUGCCGCCGACAGGUGAUGGAUUUCUUCAACGGGAACCUGAAGCGGCGCCGCCAGAAACGCAAAGAGGCCAAAGCCAUGAUGAAGCUGAAGAGGCUCAGCACCAUCCACACCGAGGCCAACGGCGCUGUCAUCGGCCGCCAUGUGGAGAAGUACGUGGUGCCGGAGGACGACAGCUACAUGACCAACCCCAACCUGACCAUCAGCGUCCCCAUCGCCCCCGGAGAGUCCGACGUGGAGUUCCCCGAGGAAGAGGAGGAGGAGGAAGAGGAGGAGGAGGAGGAGGGUCAGGAGGAGCAGAGCGAGGGCUCAGAGGGAGACGAGGAGCAGGAGGAGGAGCAGAAGGAGGAGAUCAGCCUAUCAGAGGGCAGCACGGUGGACCUGAGGAAGCCUGGAGAGGAGGAGGACGAGUACUCAGAGACGGCCGAGGAGGCGCUGGACCCUGAAAACUGCUUCCCAGACGUGUGCGUUUCCAGGUUCCAGUGCUGCGACAUUGACACCACGGCGGGCCAUGGUCAGAUUUGGUGGAGAACCAGGAAGACCUGCUACCAGAUCGUAGAGCACAGUUGGUUCGAGUCCUUCAUCAUCUUCAUGAUCCUUCUCAGCUCGGGAGCUCUGGCCUUCGAGGACAUCUACAUCGAGCAGAGAAGGGUCGUUAAGGUGGUGCUCGAAUAUUCUGACAAGAUCUUUACGUACAUCUUCAUCCUGGAGAUGGUGCUCAAAUGGCUCGCCUACGGUUUCAAGAAGUACUUCACCAACUACUGGUGCUGGCUCGACUUCCUCAUCGUCGAUGUUUCAUUGGUCAGUUUGGUGGCCAACACGUUGGGUUAUUCCGACUUGGCAGCCAUCAAAUCCCUGCGGACGCUGCGGGCCCUGCGGCCCCUCAGAGCCCUCUCCAGAUUUGAAGGCAUGAGGGUGGUGGUGAACGCCCUGAUCGGGGCCAUCCCCUCCAUCAUGAACGUGCUGCUGGUAUGCCUCAUCUUCUGGCUCAUCUUCAGCAUCAUGGGCGUCAACCUGUUCGCCGGAAAGUUCGGCCGCUGCGUCAACCGCACCGGCUACAUCUACGAGGCCUCCGUCAUCAACAACAGGUCCGAGUGCGAGGCGUCCAACGACACCUCGCAGCACUACUGGACCAAGGUCAAGGUCAACUUUGACAACGUCGGCGCCGGAUACCUGGCUCUGCUGCAAGUGGCAACGUUUAAAGGCUGGAUGGAGAUCAUGUACGCUGCUGUGGACUCCAGAGCUGUGGAGGAGCAGCCCAUCAAGGAGAUCAACCUCUACAUGUACCUCUACUUCGUCAUCUUCAUCAUCUUCGGCUCCUUCUUCACCCUCAACCUCUUCAUCGGAGUCAUCAUCGACAACUUCAACCAGCAGAAACGAAAGUUAGGAGGACAGGACAUCUUCAUGACGGAGGAGCAAAAGAAAUACUACAACGCCAUGAAGAAGCUGGGCUCCAAGAAGCCCCAGAAACCCAUCCCUAGGCCUCUGAACAACCUGCAGGGCUUCUUCUUCGACCUGGUGGCCAAGCAGGCCUUCGACAUCAUCAUCAUGGUGCUGAUCCUCCUCAACAUGAUCACCAUGAUGGUGGAGACGGACGAGCAGUCGCCCCAGAUGGAGAAGAUCCUCUACUACGUCAACCUGGCCUUCAUCGUCAUCUUCUCCACCGAGUGCAGCAUCAAGAUCAUGGCGCUGCGCUGCUACUUCUUCACCGUCGGCUGGAACAUCUUCGACUUCGUGGUGGUCAUCCUCUCCGUCGUCGGGAUCGUCUUGGCUGACAUCAUUGAGAAGUACUUUGUGUCGCCCACCCUGUUCCGGGUCAUCCGACUGGCCCGCAUCGGACGAAUCCUGCGCCUCAUCAGAGGAGCGAAGGGCAUUCGGACGUUGCUGUUCGCCCUCAUGAUGUCACUUCCUGCCCUCUUCAACAUCGGGCUGCUCCUCUUCCUCGUCAUGUUCAUCUACGCCAUCUUCGGCAUGGCCAACUUUGCCUACGUGAAGCGGCAGGGGGGGAUCGACGACAUGUUUAACUUUGAGACGUUCGGGAACAGCAUGCUCUGUUUGUUCCAGAUCACCACCUCUGCAGGGUGGGACAACCUGCUCAACCCCAUCCUCAACAACUCCCCCGAGGAGUGCGACCCCCACCUCCCCCACUCUGGCACCACCGUCAAGGGCAACUGCGGCAACCCGUCGGUGGGCAUCACCUUCUUUGUCACCUACAUCAUCAUCUCCUUCCUCAUCGUGGUCAACAUGUACAUUGCUAUCAUUCUGGAGAACUUCAGUGUGGCCACGGAGGAAAGCACAGAACCUCUGAGCGAGGAUGAUUUUGAGAUGUUCUACGAGGUUUGGGAGAAGUUCGACCCUGAAGCCACGCAGUUCAUAGAGUAUUCUAAACUGUCGGACUUUGCAGACUCGCUGCUGGAGCCUCUCCGUAUCAGCAAGCCCAACAAGAUCAAGCUGAUCUCCAUGGACCUGCCCAUGGUCAGUGGGGACAAGAUCCACUGCCUGGACAUCCUCUUUGCCUUCACCAAGCGCGUCCUCGGUGAGUCGGGCGAGAUGGACGCCCUCAAGCAGCAGAUGGAGGAGAAGUUCAUGAUUUCCAACCCCUCCAAGAUUUCAUAUGAGCCCAUCACAACAACGCUGAGACGCAAGCAGGAAGAAGUGUCGGCCACCAUCAUCCAGAGGUGCUACCGCCGGCACCUGGUGAGGCGUCAGCUGAAGGCCGCCUCCUACCUGUACCGUCAGAUCACCACUCCCCGACAUGACACCGGCGAAGACGAGGAAGGAGGCCAAGUGUUGUUUAGGGACGACGCUCCUGAGAAAGAAGGUCUGAUCGCCACCAUGAUGAAGGAGAACUACGGCUCCAGCCUGUUGGGGAUGGAGCGCUCCGAGACCGUUUCCUCCACCUCAUCGCCGCCGUCCUACGACAGCGUGACGCAAGCCGCGUCCGAAAACCUUCAUCCGCCGGCUGCCACGGUCGAAACGGUCGAAACGGUCGAUGAAACUAUGGGCAGCGAAGUGAGAGAACAACCGCUGGCUGAAUCCGACAGGAAGGUGGAAACAGAACCUUAGCAGGAACCCAAUGAACAAGUUCUGUUGUUUACUGAAUGUACCGUAGCUGAGGAACGUCGAGCUGGAGGCAGGAAGAAGCUCUGAACAAGAAGCAGAGGAGCAGCUGAAGGACAACGAAUAGUUACUACCUUUAAUCCUUUUCCACGUUUCACAGUGGAGAUUCUUGAACUCAAAGAAAACCCACUUUGGGACGUUUCUUAAAAGGAAAACUAAAAACUGUAAAACAGGGAGGGACGCCUCGUCUGUGGAGUCAACUUGCCUUUUGUUGGAGCAAAAACAUAAAUAGGGAGUUUGGUUGUGUUGUGCCAGCCAGAGACGCGUGUUCUGGACCCUGAUCCAGUCAGAGCGACUAUCAGCCGGCGUUUAUCGGCCUGUGGCUGCGCGGCGGUUCCACCAUCAGUUAUAGACGCUCGGCUGGACGAGCGACGCUUUCCCGACUUUGUUUCUCGACACCUGAAGGGUUUUCUGGCUGAGACCUGAGAGAGAAAAGCGACACUAUUUAGAAACAGACCUUUUCGUAGUAAAAGUAUAACGUUGAUGUUACAAGUCUUUUAAUAUCGGUACAAUUAUUACUAUUUUUUAUAUUUUUUUAGAGUAAGUUAAAAAACAAGCCUUUGGAGUUGCGCUCGCUGUAAUGAAAGUGGUGGAAGAACCGUCUUGUACUCGAGAGGAGUUGAGUUAUAACGACACCUCAAAAUCCGAGAAAACAACUUUAUUUUCUUUUUGUUUUUGUGCAUUUUUUGCACUUUUGAGUUUACAUUUUGCUGUCACUUUACUGCGCCUUUGAUAAAGGGAUGAGUUGGUUUUCCUGCUCUCAAACCAAAAACAAAUGCGAAUGCACAAAGAAAUUUUCUAGAGUCCCGAACUCCUGAUCCGCCUCGCUGGUGAGCGUCCGUCAGUCCGUCGACCCGGGGUGGUUUGUCAAAAAGGUGACUUAAAUGGUAGAACUCUGUUUACCUGGUGCUUUAUUGCUCUGCUAGGGGAGAACACUGGCAGUGGCUCGCUUUUUAGCCGAAGAUUCAUGCAUUAGUCUGGAGAAAAUAAAUACUCCUACAGAUUUAACUGAUUGUGAAAAACAGCCGAACGUUAACAUCAUCGGGUUAAUUAACAUUUUAAAUUCUACGGUACAAAUUAAGUUCACACUGAUGUCUUUCAGACUGCAGCAGAUUCUAGAAAUGACCUUUUCAACAAAUCACCCGCUGUCAGUAACUAUCUGAGGGUCUGAGUCCGGCUCGAUGUGCGCUACGACUUUAUCCGAAUUUCUCGGACUUUCUCCGACUUUUUGAAGCCAAACGUGAUUCGGUACUUUGAGGUGUCAGCCGGCUCUCACCGGACGAGACAAUCAGCUCAGGAUUUUACUGCGUUCAGUUGGACAGAUGCUGGGUACCGGUCCUCAUCAUUUCGCUGUCAGCAGUGUCCUGGAAAAACCUGGAAUAUGAGCGCAGACAGAGACCGUCUGAAGGUCCAAUAAGGGGAAGAUUUUGGGUUGGUUCUUCAUUAGUUUCUUGAUUUCUUUUGCAAGGCAGGUUUUAUAUACAUAUUUAUGCAAAUGUCUCCCCUUUAAUGCAACAUUUUCAGCAAGAAGCUACAGGGUUAUUAUAUAUAAAUUAAUGUAAAGUAUUUCUCCUUCCUUCCCAAGUCUGAAGAGAAGCACAUUGUCUCUGCACUAAUAUCUGUAACAACAGCGUUCUCAUUGUCUGCAGAACCACCUCUUGUAGAAAGGCUGAACUUGCAGGAACCAGAUUUUUCCAUUUCUCCAGCAGCAGAAGCAGCAAACAGGUAGAAACGCUGUUUCCAGAGGAGCAACACUAUAUUGGUUGGAUUUUAGAAAAGAACAACUGCAGCAUCAUAUACCGUGUCUCUCUAAGGCUCUGAGACCAAAUCUAAGAACCAAAGCUGUUCUACGCAGGUUCUGAAGUUGAAGCAACCAGGAACUAAGAUCAGUGGUUCUGGUUGGUUUCUGCCUCUCUUCACUGACGUAUGUACUGAGCAGAAGAACUAAACACCUUUUAUCAUAUGUUCUCAGGAUGCUUUUUGUCAAUAGUCCUGUUUAUUUCCUUUUAAGUGGAGCCACAUUUGUAAGGAAAAUACUUUUUUUUGGGGG